AUGAGCAUAGUAGAUGACAAAGUGGGGACUUUUACAAUAUGGGACUACUUGGUGUUUGCUUGUCUUUUUGUGGUCUCAUCUGGAAUAGGGGUCUUUUUUGCCAUUAAAGAGAGGAACAAGCCCUGCUCCGGGGAUUUCCUGGCAGGGGGUAGGCAGAUGAGCUGCGGGCCUGUGGCUCUGUCCCUUACUGCCAGCUUCAUGUCAGCCGUCACUGUCCUUGGAGCCCCAUCUGACGUCUACCGGUUUGGAGCCUCCUACGUCCUUUUUGGAAUUGCUUACACCGCUGUGGUUGUGGGCACCACUGAGCUCUUCCUUCCUGUUUUUUACAGAGCGGGCAUCACAAGCAUCUAUGAGUAUCUGGAACUUCGGUUCUGCAGGGGGGUUCGUGUUGUUGCAACGCUAAUUUACAUGGUCCAGACGAUUCUAUAUACAGGGGUUGUGGUAUAUGCACCGUCCCUGGCCCUCAAUCAAGUGACUGGCUUCAAUCUUUGGGGCUCUAUAUUUGCCACGGGCAUCGUUUGCACAUUCUAUUGCACGCUGGGAGGUUUAAAGGCAGUAGUUUGGACAGAUGCCUUUCAGAUGGUGGUGAUGCUUGUGGGUUUCCUAGCAGUGCUUGUCCAAGGAGGAAGGCGGGUAGGGGGCCUGGAGGCUAUGUGGGAGACAGCUCAGACAGGCAACAGGCUGACAGUCUUUGACUUUGACCCCAACCCCCUGAGACGGCACACUUUUUGGACACUCUCCGUUGGAGGAACGUUUACAUGGCUCGGGAUCUAUGCAGUCAACCAGUCCACCAUUCAGAGAUGCAUCUCCUGUAAAACUGAGACCCAUGCAAGACUGGCUAUGUACCUCAAUCUUCUGGGUCUCAUAGUCGUACUGUUCUGCGCUGUCUUGUCUGGCCUAGUGAUGUAUGCUUUCUAUCAUAACUGUGAUCCCUGGACGGCCCAACUUGUUUCAGCACCCGAUCAGCUCAUGCCCUAUUUUGUGAUGGAAGUACUGGGGGAGUUUCCGGGCCUUCCGGGGCUGUUUGUGGCAUGUGCGUUCAGUGGCACUCUAAGCACCGUAGCUGCGAGUAUCAAUGCCCUGGCAACCGUGACCUAUGAGGACUUUGUCAAACAGCGGUGUGUGAGUCUCUCCAACACAGCCAGCAUCUGGACUAUCAAAGGACUAUGUAUUCUGUUUGGAGUAGCCUGCACUUCAAUGGCUGUUGUGGCAUCCUUCAUGGGAGGAGUUGUACAGGCUGCUUUGAGUAUCCAUGGAAUGUGCGGGGGUCCCAUGCUGGGUCUGUUCAUACUGGGCAUCAUCUUUCCCUGCACCAACUCCAAGGGUGCUGCAGUAGGUUUGAUAACAGGUAUUAUGUUGACCUUCUGGACUGGGGUCGGGUCCUUCAUCUAUCCAGGCCAGCCCAGUAAUUCCAGACCCCUGCCUCUCAGCAUAGCAGAGUGUACAGGGGUCAACUCGUCAGUCAGUCCUGUCACUCACACUCCAUAUCUGAACCUCCCCUCUCCCUCACCCAGGCCGUCCUUGGCUGAUUCCUGGUACGCCCUGUCCUAUUUGUACAUCAGCGCCUUCGGAUUUAUGGUCACUGCUGCCGCUGGUCUACUGAUUAGCUUCCUAACGGGAUCAAACAGAGAUAAAGAUGUGAGGCCAACGCUUCUCCGACCAGUCUGUAAGCCUUGCUGCUACUCGUCAGGAAAAUGCAAGAAAAUGUGCUGGUGUGUCGGUCACAACAGGGGAUGGCAGUGUCAGGAGUGUUUGGACGAGGCUGGGGAACAAAAUGGCCGGUGCGUACACCAGGACAACAGCGAAGAACGAGGCAGAGGAGAACGGCCUGUGAAAUUGUCGACGAUCAGCCGCAACGCAGAUGGACAGACCCACAUAAACAAUGGCUUGUUGUAG